UGCCUUGUGCUGUGGCUCCGCCCCUUCAUAGUGCACCUCUGCUGACUGGGGGAGCCUCAGUGCGCCUCCACUGCCUCAUUCUGACAGCACCGCGCCAGGACGCGCUACUUUUUCCAACAUGAGCACCGUGGCCUCUGAGAAUGUCUUUCUGUCCGCUCUCCAGCCCAACAACUCGGUCACCACCUAUGGCCUCCCGUCCGAGAUCCAUCUCGGGAGCGGCCCCUCGAUCUCGGACGAGGUGUCGAGGGUUCGCCGGGUCCAGCAGCAGGUUCAGAUGCGGCUGGCCGAGAAGUCAACACUUCCGCGUCACAAUGGCUCCGCUUCCACCUCCGCCAUGUCAGACUACGGUGGGUCUUCCACCAUGAAAUACCAGACGUACAAUCCAGGUUACAGCUCCAAGUCGUCCUACAUGUUCUCAGGCUCCAGGACAAUGACGCCCCAGAUCUCGCAGAGGUCUGGUUUUAGCUCGCUCUCAGCCGGCCCAGACAUGGCCCAGUACUCCAGGAUCAGCGUUGGCGGCGGACGCGUCGGGGGCGGCGGCGGUUAUUACCGUGAAGAUGUCCACAUGGGCAAUUACCAAGGGAACCAGCACCAACCCGAAGUCGUCUCCCUGCAUGCUAUGAGACAGCAGACAAUGCCGACAAAUGCCUGGAUGGUGGACGGCAGUGACGGCGCCAGCAUGGCCUCCGACCGCGAGGCCGGGUUCAGCCGCCACUACGUUCAAAGCAAUGGCUACACUGGCCAAGUGAGGCAAGGGGCAGGAACCAUGACCUUUCCGGGGUCCAUGCGUCGAUCUCACAGCGGCACUAUUCCACGUGGCCCAGAGAUGGACAUGGGGAUGGUCCAGCAAUGUUCCUACAAAGGCCCGGCGUACCGCACCAUCAGCAGGAUUAACAACCGAAACCGCAUGAGCAUGGGCUCCAUGUCGGGGACCCUGCAGCGUCAGAUGUCAAGCGCGUCCAGCAUGUUUGGAGGGGGAGUCGAUAAGAUGGACUCGGGCUUCAUAGGGCCAGGAAUGUCCUCUGCUUCCCAGGGGAAUCUAACGAUGCAGCGCCGUCAAAGCACCAUGUCCCGGGCCAUGUCUGUCAAAAGCAUGCAGAGCGUGGGCCGAGGAGUCGACAUCUUCAACGGGCAAAUGGGGAUGGGAAGCAUGGGAAACCUCAACGGGAUCGAAACUUUGGACAUGGCCAGAGCUGUCCAAUACCUGAGAGAACCGGACCCCGAUUUGCAGGUCCUGGGUGCUGCUUACAUUCAACACGAGUGUUAUAACGACAGCGACGCAAAAAAUGAGGUUCGUCAAUCCAAAGGCAUCAGCGAGCUGGUGAAGCUGUUCAACUCCGAGAAUCAGGAAGUGCAGCGCUAUGCCACCGGCGCCACGCGCAACCUCAUCUAUGAGAACAUGGACAACAAGGUGGCCCUGAUCGAGGAGGGCGGCAUCCCCCAGCUGGUGGAGGCACUCAAGGAGCCUGACGACGAGCUCCAAAAGAACAUCACCGGCAUCUUGUGGAACCUUUCAUCCAAAGACACCCUGAAGGAGAAACUGGCUCGAGAGGCUCUUCCGGAUCUGACCGAUAAGAUCCUCAUCCCUCUGUCGGGCAGCGAGGGCUCGGAAGGCAUCAAUCAGUCGGCCUCCGAGGCGGAAAUCUUCUACAACACCACCGGCUGCCUCAGGAAUCUGAGCUCAGUGAAUGAAAAGACCCGUCAGCAGAUGAGACAAACCCACGGGCUGGUGGACUCUUUGGUGAACUACAUCAAGGCCUCGCUGGAGGAGAACAAGGCGGAGGACAAGGGGGUGGAAAAUGCAGUGUGUGUCUUGAGGAACCUCUCCUACCAGCUGUACAGUGAGAUGCCGCCCUCAGCUCUGAUUCGCCUGGAGGGACCGAGCCGAGCUGAGGACUCUGGGAAGGGCGAAGCCAUCGGCUGCUUCACGCCUCAAAGCAAGAAGGCUAACAAUAGCAGGAACCAGGACCUGUCCACGUUCACCGAGGUGGCCCGCGUGCCAAAGGGGAUGGAGUGGCUGUGGCACCCUCAGAUCGUGGGCUUGUACAACCGCGUGCUGCAGCAGUGCGAGAUCAACUCAACCACACGGGAGGCGGCGGCGGGAGCGCUGCAGAACAUCACAGCCGGAGACAAGCGGUGGGCGGCGGUGCUGAGCCGCGUGGCCAUGGACCAGGAGCGCAUGUUGCCCGUUCUACUAGACCUGUUGCGCACCAACAACGACCUGGAGCUCCGUUCCAUCACGGGCUUCCUACGAAAUUUGUCCCGUCACGCCAAGGAUAAGAAUCACAUGGCCACAAAGGUAGUAAACAACCUGGUGACCAAGCUGCCCAUCGACGGCUACCAGAAGGAGCCGUCCAGUGACGUGGUGGUCAACAUCUGCGGCGUUCUCAACAACUUGGUGACUUGCAGCUCAGUCGCCGCAAGGGACGUGUGUUUUUUUGACGGCCUGCCCAAACUGGUCGCUAUCAAGAACACCAACGACUCCAGUUCUGGAAAGAUGAAAGCAGCCAAAGCAGCCGCCACAGUGCUCAGCAACAUGUUCCAGUACAAGAAACUGCACAAAGACUACAAAAACAAAGGAUUUACGAGACCAGACUUUGCAGACACGGCCAUCUAAAAAUGGAAGGUAAUGUCAAGUAGAAGUUUAUACUUCUACAGUGCUGAGCAGUCCUGCAACGCCACCGGUGGAAGACACUGUCAGUCUUUUCUCCGAUUCCAACAUAGUCCAGGCUCAGUUUUUAUCUGCCAUGAAGUUUGUGAUAAGAACGCUCCAUGGAUGUCAGCGAAGGAGGAGUCGAGUAUGCUGACUACUGUUAAGCAAAUGUGAGCACUAUAUUCUAGUGUCGGGAUGUGUGUUUUCUACAAGCCGAUGUAAAAACUGUGUGAAACCAUGAUGACAUUUUAACCAAUGUGGUAUAGCUUGUUUGUAUAUAUUGCUUAAGUUCUUCUUAAAAAAAAAAUCAUGUUUUAUACACUGUAACCAAGGACUUUCUCAUCAUGCUGUCGUUAUUAGACUUUUGCUUGUCACUCACAUUUUUUUUAAUAUUGUGUAUGAAUGAGAAUGCAUUGUAACUGAAAAUACUAAAGAGAUGCAUUUUGCUUUUUUUUUUUUUUUGCUUUAGAAAGUUUGGGACAUUGGUAUGCCUCUAAAGAUGUCAUGUAUUUUAUUUAGUCACGUAUGCUAUGAUACAAAUGUACGUAAUCUGUCAUAGUCUGGAUUAUGCAAUUUUUAAAAGGUUGUCACAGUAGAGUGCGCGUGCAUGUGUGAUUGAGAAACCAUGCAUGUGCUAAAGAAUGCAGUCAAGUUUUCAUGUGUAUUUGUCACAGGUUUUUAUCUUUUGUAAAUGAUCCAUCUUAUAGUUUGACACCUGUCAAAAUAUGGAGUCUCUAAUUUCUCACUUUGAUAACUCUGUCAUAAAAUGAUCUGUCAACUUGUCAGGCCGUUUCAGCUAUGGUGACCAGCGUCUGUUCGGAAAAUAAAAGUCAAUUUGCUGUUAUGUGCACCUGUACCAUCUGAUUUAAUAAAGAAAUAGAUCUGCCGAA